AUGACCGUUAUUGGCCGCGAUGCAAGUCCUGUCGGGCACAGAGCUCUUCUGACCACCCCUACAAGGUUCGAGGACCCCCUACUCUCCAUGCCCUCAUUCCGACGGAGCGGAGGAUCGCCAACACUCGAUUCCGCCAGCGGCAGCCACACCGGUAACGCCGCACCUGUGACCACGUCGGCGUUGGUGCUCUCGCCCGCCCUUCGCGCCGGCGGCGGCGGCGGCCUUAGCAGUACCAACAGCUUUUCCGCCCGCUGCAACCACUUUAUUGACUUUCGCCGCUCGCUGCCCGGAGGGGGAUCCCCUGGAGCCACCGGGCAGGGAGACGGGGCCCCGACCCUGCCAGCCAUGUCGCGACCCACAUCGGCCCGACAACCCACCCUGAGCGCGGGCAACUCCUAUUUUGGCAACCUGGAUUAUAACAUGGGUUACGCGUCUUCAAUUACGGGAUCCGAGUCGGGUGGGCCAGGUCUGGACGAUGACGAGGUGAUCGGCCCGCCAAUAAACGCGGAUGCUGCUGCCGCUGCCGCCGCCGCCGCCGCCACGGUGGCUGCAGCGGGAUCCCAGACGGACGGUGGUGGCCACAGCCCUGUUUCGUCCCUGCUGCAGGCCCGCAGCGCGCCCUCCCGCCGCCACUCCGCCUUCACGAUGCGGAGUCCUCCAGGGGCCUCAUCGCCGCCGUCGUUAACGCCAACAUCGUCGACAGUUUUGGCGCUGUCACGGGUGGGAGGCAUCUCCCCGCCGGCUCGCCUGGCUUCACGUUCGUCCGAGGGUGAUGAACUUGUUAAUUUCGGACUCCUACAGCAAAAUUACCAACUGCAGCAACAGCAACAUUACGGAGCUGGCUCCACUUCGUUUCGCGAUCGUCAACGCGGCGGGAGCUACGGACACGCAGGGCAUUUCGGGGGCCCCGGCGGCUCCCUAUCGCCGUGUGAGGGGGGCCUCCAGAACCAAACUCAUGCCGUACUGGAGCAGCUUCGUGGGGAGCUCAAGUCCUUGUCGAUGAGGUCACUGCCCGUUUGCGGCAGUGGCGGUGCUGCUGCUGUUGCUGCAACAGGCGCCGGGACGGCAGCAAGCUCUAGCGGCGGUGGCGGCGCAGCUAACAACGGGGGCCAUGUUGUGACGCUGAUGAGUCACGGCAGCGGAGGCGGUGCCGGCCGUGGGGGUUCCCCGGGUCCGGGCUCUGGGCGAGUGAGUGAUGGACAGCCGCCGCAGGUUUCACCGCCUCGGCUAUUUCUUAACCGGACUAAUCAUUCCAUCGGCAGCGGCGGUGCAGGCAGCGAUGCAGGCGUCGCUGCCGGUAGCGGAGGUGGAGACCACGGCGGCGGUGCAGCCCCGGAGGCACCGCCGGAGCUGUUCCCGCCUCGGCAGAUCUCGUCGUACAAUUGUACGGAGGCGCGUACACAGGCGGUUGCGGUGCAGCGUAGCAUUCGCGGGGAUGAGGAAGCGGAGCAGGAGGCCUUCUGA